UCGGGUUGUGGUUGUCGUGGAUGUGAUGUUUGAGUGGAAAGCAGUCAUAAGCAGUCAUACAACUCAUGUCACAACAAAUAACUUGAAAUAUGUCUGAAAUCAUGAGUGACCACAAAGUGAUGACCGAUUGGUCGCAAACACCGGCCCACAAGACAUCGCAGCCACAUAUGGUUGCGGUGGACUUCCCACCCCUGGCCACCGGUGCCACCGCUGCCCCCCUUUCGGCCACUACUGUAGUGCCACUCGUGAGCGCACAACAACUCCGCACUCACGAGGAAGAGAUCUAUGAAGACCUGUGUUAUGUGACAUUGAGGUUAGGGAGGGAUAGGGAACGGGUGUUGGGAUCCAUACCUCUGGAACCGAUCGAGAAGAGAGACUAUUGUGUGAAAGAGUUGGUCGAAACGGAGAAGAACUACUGCGAGGCACUCAAUAUGAUUGUCAAUCAAUUCAUACAACCGUUGAGUAAAGUGUUGAGGACUUCGGACCGCAACUCCAUUUUCAUGCAUAUCAAGCACUUGUAUGACAUUCACAGCCGUUUCUACACAGAUCUGUGCCACUCAUGUCAGGCCUCGACCGGUGCCCACACGCCAAGUGUUCAGAUGCAGUGCCAAACCAACUCCACACCCACCCUGUCGUCCACCCCCUGCACCCCCUCCACCACGACGUCGAGUGCAUGCAAUGCAACCAAUGGUCACAACAAUCAUGUGAACGGCGUUCACAACAAUAACUUUAAGAUCAGUUCAAGUUUUAUACAAUUCAAAGACAAGUUUGUGGUUUACGGGGAGUACUGUUCAAACCUUCCCAAAGCGCAGACACUUAUUGACACUCUUUGCCAAAAGGAUGAACUCAUCGCACAAUCUGUCCAUAAAUGUCAGCUGAAGGCAAAUGACGGCAAAUUCAAGUUAAGAGACUUGUUGUCGCUUCCAAUGCAACGAAUACUCAAAUAUCACUUAUUGUUAUCACAACUCAUUAAGACUACUGUCGACACUCACGAGGACUACUCUGGUCUGCAGAGAGCCCAUCAGGCGAUGGUAGACAUCGGCCAAUACAUCAAUGAAGUGAAGAGGGAUACCGAAACUCUGGGCAUCAUAACUGACAUCCAGGCGUCCAUUACAGACCUGGAUAUGCCUGAAAACACUGAACUCAAAGACUACGGACGACUACUAAAGGAUGGAGAGCUCAAGAUUAGGUCACACGAAGAGAAUCGCCUUAAGAAUAGAUAUAUAUUUGUUUUCGAUAAAGUGAUGCUAAUGUGUAAAUCAAUUCGUGGCGAACAGUACUCCUAUAAAGAGGCACUCAUUCUCGCCGACUAUCAGAUUGAAGAGCAGAGCAUAUCGAGUACAAUAUCCAAACUCACCAAACAAUGGACUAAUGGCUGGAAUUUAGUCCACAGACAGCACAAGAAGACGUAUGUAUUUUACGCCAAAACAGAUGACAUCAAAAACAAAUGGAUUGAAGCCAUCAAUAAAGCGCUCGACAAUGACUGUCCGCAGGCGUGUCGGGAGGGCUAUACUGACCAUACAUUUGCAAUGUUUACUUUCCCGACGAUUACCACUUGUGUCGGAUGUGACCAACUGUUGAAAGGAAUCUUCUUUCAGGGCUAUCAGUGCACUGUCUGUCAUAUUGGCGUUCAUAAGGACUGUAUACAAAGUGUCCCCUCGUGUGGCGCCCCUUCACUGCCUCCACGACCACCACUUCCGCCAUCGAGUCCUGGAUUAUCGUUGAACUCAUUCACAGAAGAGGACAGUGUUAGUAAUGGCGGGACGUGUGAUACAGGUGUUAGACAGUCGUACGAAAGUCCCACAUCUCUGGGUGUGUUUGACGGCAAUCAUCAACAAACUGAAGAGCAGGUCCUCAAUCUGGAGGACUACGACUGGUUUGCGGGACCGCUGGACAGAGAGAGCGCACAGUCGACGCUCCAACACAUGAACAACGGCUCGUUUCUCGUCCGCAUAUCACCCAAACAGAGGGGCAGUUAUGCCAUAAGUCUUAACUAUUCGGGACAAGUGAAGCACAUGAGAGUCCAACAGAGAGACGACAAUCAGUACUACUACUUAUCGGAAAGCCGUUAUUUCGCAACAAUCGCCGAUUUGGUCGUGUAUUACGAGAGCAACAGUUUGUGCGAGUCUUUCAAUUUAGUGGACACUAAUCUCAUGACGCCAUACAAGAAGGCGUUGAACGCUUCUGCGGUGGCCUAUGCCAUAGCUCUCUACAGCUUCACCGGCAGUUCAGCCAAUCUGCUAGACCUGAGAAAAGGCGAUAGAGUGGCCGUUCUGUCCAAAGCGGGCGAGAGUAAGGGCUGGUGGAAGGGACAGAUCGCCGACCGCAUCGGUUACUUCCCUCUCGCAUACGUCACGCAAACGCAACACAUGUCGUGAUAUGUGAGGCCAUAAACUGAGGAAAUGAAUCCACAAAUAGACCUCAAUUCAUGUUCAAUAACACAACGAAUGUCGUAUAGAUUUACUGAAAACAUUUCUGUUAAACACUUUCAUCAUAUAAAGUGUUGUUUAAGUUUAUAUUUUACUUAUUUUAGAAUUUAAUUUUUCACCAUUUAUUAAAUUUUGAC